GUUCUUGGGAUUCAAGCAGACAAAGAGAAUAGUAGUCCUAACCAAGCUGAACAGGAGAAGAGGAACACAGUUCCUGCUUUGCCAGCUCUCCUGACUACAGCCCUGCCUGUUGCCUCUGACCCCUGUUGUCAUGCCAAGGGGCCACAAGAAUAAGGGCCACUCCCAUGCUAAACGUCACCGUGGACGUGGGGGUAGCCAAGGUCUCCAGAGUGAUCACCCUACUUCAGGCAGAAGGUCAGCGUCUCUUCCUGUUAGCCAAGCUAAUUCCCCAAGCUUUUCUGGGGCUUCCACUCCUCAGAGAGCUGUGUUUUCUGCAUCUCCUGAUGCAGAUAUAUCCAGCACAGGCUCUGAUCUAGGUGCUGAGGCUCCUACUGGUAGUGGUGAUACAGAAAGUCUAUGUACCUUCAAAGCAGAAGCCAUCACUCAGCCGAUAUGCACAGAUGCUCUUACCAAGAAGGCUAGUAUGUUGGUAGAGUUCCUGCUGGAGAAGUUUCAGAAGAGUGAAGAGUUUACAGAUGCUGAUAUGCUGAGAGUGGUCAGUAAGAAAUACAAGACACAGUUUUCUGACAUCCUGAGGAAAUCUUCCUCCCGAAUGGAAAUGAUCUUUGGAAUGCAGUUAAAGAAAAUCAAUACCAGUAGUCAAUCCUAUGCCAUUGUCAGCAAGCUAGGUCUCUCCACUGCUGAAAUUCUAAGUGGCAAGAGGGGAUUGCCAAAGAUGGGUCUUUUGAUGACCAUCUUGGGUCUGAUUUUCACAAAAGGCAACCGUGCCACUGAGGAUGAGAUCUGGAAAUUCCUGAAUGUGUUAGGAGUGUAUGCAGGGAGGAAGCACAUGAUUUUUGGGGAACCCCGAAGGCUCAUCACCAAAGAUCUGGUUGAGCAAAAUUACCUUGAGAUCCGCAAGAUGUCUGAGGGUAAAUCCCCAAGAUAUGAUUUCCUGUGGGGUUUUCGGGCCCAUUUAGAAACCAGUAAAAUGAAAGUCCUUGAAGUUUGGGCUAAGAUCAAUGACACCGUUCCUAGCUUCUUCCCUGUUCCGUAUGAAGAAGCUCUUAAAGAACAAAUGGAGAGAACACAACGGGGAUCUUUAGCCUUGGGUCCCCCAGCUGCAAUGGACAGGGUUCAUCCCAGGUGUAUGUCCUGCAGCUUUUCCCACAAAUAGCUGCAACUGAAGUUGAGCUUUCAAUUCCUGUUUGAAAUGUAGUCAACCUUCUAUGUAGUGGAGAGUUUAUGGGUUACAGGAAUAAAGCAUAUGUUUUCUUUUAUUUGUUUAUACAUGAGUAAAUGAUAUGUAUAUUUGCUUUGGUGAACUGCAAAUGUUCUACUGAUGGAAAGUUAAUUUGUUUCACAAUCUUUGUUUCUCCAUGCUAUGCUUGAUAAAUUUAUUGCUGCAUUUCAAUGUUACAACCAAGAGUUCUGUUACUUUAAAAACAACUUGAAAAUUUUUCACAAGUUCUUUUUUAGAAUUACAUAAGAAAACAUGAAUUUGUAAAAGUGAUUCUCAUGGAAAUGUAAUGCCACACAUUGGUGAAACAAAUACAGUAAUAAACUAAUUAGCUGUAUGA